AUGUAUAUUACUGAGCGUGAUGGCGCUGAUGAAUUCUUUAAGAUCCUUCCAUCUAUCCUAAUGCUCAUACCUAUCAUAUUAGCGGCCAGAUUAAUGAUGGGUAGUGGUGGUAUGAUGGGAGGUAGUGGUUCAUCAAGUGGUGGACGUAAUAUCUUCCAACUUGGUAAAGCUUUCCCUCAGGGUACAAAGGAUCUUAGAGUGAAGACUAGGUUCUCUGAUGUUGCUGGUCUAACCCAAGCUAAACAGGAAGUUGUGGAGUUCGUAGACUUCCUAAGAGAGCCGAGUAAGUUCGAGCAUUUAGGAGCACGGAUACCCAAAGGUGGAUUAUUGGUUGGUCCUCCUGGAACUGGUAAGACUUUAUUAGCUAAGGCAGUAGCAGGAGAGAGUGGUGUACCCUUCUUCUCUAUGAGUGGUUCUGACUUUAUUGAGAUGUUUGUUGGAGUAGGUCCUAGUCGAGUGAGAGACCUAUUCGCUCAAGCACGGCAAGCGGCACCUUCCAUUAUAUUUAUUGAUGAGAUUGAUGCUGUUGGUAGGAAGAGAGGAAAGGGUGGUUUCUCUGGAGGAGCCAAUGAUGAGAGAGAGAACACACUUAAUCAGAUACUAGUUGAGAUGGAUGGAUUUAGCUCAACUACUGGAGUAGUAGUCUUAGCUGGUACCAACAGAGCGGAUAUCCUAGAUCCAGCAUUAAUACGACCAGGAAGGUUUGAUAGACAGAUUGCUGUUGAUAAACCUGACCUUAAUGAUAGGGAAGCUAUCUUUAAGGUCCAUCUUAAACCCCUUACUCUCCUUAAGGGUAUUGAUGUAACCGAAGUAGCCCGACGUAUGGCGGCCUUGACACCUGGUAUGACGGGUGCUGAUAUUGCUAACCUCUGUAAUGAGGCUGCUAUCUAUGCAGCACGUAGGAGUUCAUCUGGGGUAGAGAUGAAGGAUUUUGAGGCGGCUACUGAGAGGAUUAUUGGUGGAUUGGCUAAAUCCAAUAACCUUAUGUCGGAGCAAGAGAAGAGGACAGUAGCUAUACAUGAGUCAGGUCAUGCUGUAGCGGGUUGGAUGAUGGAAUUUGCUGAUCCUCUCCUAAAGGUUACCAUAGUACCAAGGUCAUCUGGGGCCUUAGGUUUUGCACAAUAUCUUCCUGAGGAGUUAGCUCUUUAUUCUAAGGAAGCUCUUCAUGAUAAAUUAGCUGUUAUCUUGGGUGGUCGUGCUGCUGAGGAACUCUUUACUGGUCGUAUUACUACUGGUGCUGCUGAUGACUUUGCUAAGGCUACUAAUAUAGCAUUGGGUAUGGCACAAGUAUAUGGUAUGACAGAAGGUGUUGGUCUACUUAGUUGGAAUCCUCAACAGAUGCAGGAGAUGAUGUAUAAGCCAUUUAGUGAGAAGACAGCUCAGACUAUCGAGAGUGAGGCUAGGAAGAUUGUGGAGAAUCAAUAUAAGAGAGUGAAGGAGUUAUUAAAGGCGAAUGAAGCUAAGGUGAAGGCUUUGAGUGUAGAGCUGUUUACUAAGGAGACUUUAGUAUUCAAUGAUCUACAGGAUGUCCUUGGACCUAGGCCUUAUGGCAUCAAUGAUAAAUACUUAAAGUAUAUCGAUACCAGAGCUGGAGUAGAGAAGGAUAGACAGGAGGCAACAGCAGCAGCAGCAGCUGCUACUAAGGAGAAGGCUGAGGAGGUUCACUUGAAUGAGAACUCUGGUAUACCUAUGGGAGAGGCUAAGGAGAAGGCUGAGGAGCAGCAGCCUUUGACUGAGGCAUCGGGCAUACACCACCACCAGCAGGGGGAGGAGAAGGAGGAAGGGGGAGGAACUCAAAGCUCGAGGACUGAUGAUAAUCAUAGAUAA